GUCACUUUGUUUUUUUGCCGCAUCAUUGUAAACAAGGCAAAACACAUCGUAAAUUUCAAAAAUCUUUUUUUAAAAUGAGUGAAAUCGGAUUCAAGAAGCAAUUUGCCAUCGACAUAAAUGGCAUAAACACAGAGUUUGUGUUUCACGUCUUCGACAACAAGUGGAUGCUGCUCAUCACACAGCUGGGCAAACUUCCGGCGCUCUACAAUGUGCAAUUCGAUGUGGGACGCGACGAGCGUGUUAUUCCCAUGCUCCAUGGACCAAUUCACAGCCCCGAGAUGCACGUUUCCGUGCCUGUGACCAUGAACUGUUGCAUGGGUGCCGAUUCGGAUGAGAUACGCGGUGGCAUACAGUUUUUGGUCAAUGAAACUACACUCAACAAGUGCCCCACAGAGCUACUGAUAGGACUAGGGCUCAAGCAGCUGGACUCGCCAGGGCUGCGAGAAAUUGCCAAGGUGCUGGAUCAAGGCGUAUUUUAAGCUCACACAUAGUAGUCACAAAUGUUCUGAACUGCCAAUAGGACAAGGCCUGCAGAAGUCGGACUCGCCAGGGCUGGAUCAUUACGUAUUUUAAGCUCACACACAUGCUCUAAGCAUAACCCACAAUAGUAUCGCUGCCCAUUAGACCAGGGCUGAUGCAAAUGAACCCGUCAUAAGGCGCGCAAAAUCGAUUGGCUUAGUUUAAGUAAACACAGAACCCACAAUAAAUACAAAUUGAAAUCGAGUCACUUUUUAGUAAACAAUUAUAUUUCCACGCCGCAUUCUUUGUACAUUAAAACGUGUACGAAAAAGUUGAGGAAAGAUAAAACUUCACUUUACAUACGCAGGGGAUGUUGAUGUUGCUUAGGUAUGUUACAAGUGCUUGCUUCUUAAUCGAAGAGACCGAAGCCCAUGUCAUCGUCAGACACAUCAGACUCCUCCUCCUUCUUCUUCUCUUCCUUCUUGGCCUCAGCGGCGGGAGCGUCAGAGGCAGCAGGAGCAGCAGCACCGCCAGCUGGGGCAGCACCAACGCCGGAGCCAAUGUUGCUGAUCAGGUCCUUGACGUUGAUACCCUCCAAGGCCUUGGCGAAGAGACCGGGCCAGUAGGG